AUGUUUCAAAUUUUUAGGUUACAUAACGAAAAGGCUUGUAAGCACUUGUGGAAAUGCGCCGUAGAACAUCACGGUUUCUUCCGUUUACGAGCACCCGUAAAGGGGCCUUCUGCAAGACAGAAUUUUUUCAGGAUGGGCUCCAGAUUCCGCUACUCGGGUCGAACAGAAUAUCAAAGUACUUUCCAAAAUAAAGCUAGAAGAACUGUUCAAUUAGAAAGAAAGCCUAGCCAGAGGUAUGGAAGAAGACAGAGUCAUGUGUUGCGUGAGAGGGAGAGGGAAAGGGAACACAUAUCUUCUAAUAGUAGCGAAAAAUCUGCAUGCGAGCCUAUAUAUUGCACAGUUAAGGAUGAUAUAACCAAGAGUCUCACCCCUACUCCGUCAACUCCAACAGGUCCGGAUUCCAUAGGUCUCAUAAGUCAAAGCAGCUUUGGCCGAACAUCAGCUGGACAAAACAGUUUCGGUAAAGCAUCUGUAAGUUCUGUAGGAAAGACUUCCAUUGGGGGCGGUUCGUCAAAUAGCCCUGUUUUGUCCGUAAGCAGCAAAACUGGUACCCUCCCAAGAAAUAAACCUACUACUCCGACAAGUCCACUGCCGCCAGUUAGUCCUACUCCGUCUAAUACAGACAGUCAGCUGGAUUUCUUAUUCAAGAGCUUAGCAAAAGAAUCUCUUUCGGGAAUCGCCAGAGAUGACAAGAGGAAUGAGAACACAGAAUCUGAAACAGAAAAUGACGGUGCUUCAAAAUCACUUCCGAAUGAGAUUCCAAACAAUAUUACUAAAAUUGUUGGUAUCGCAAAACCUCUACCUCCAGGACAAAUCAAAUGCAACAUCUUGAAGGCUAAAUUCGAAGAAGAGCUUCAACAUCAAAAACUGACUAAUCAGAUGUUCGUUCAAGCAAAAGAAGAAGAAACUUCUUUAAAUGCUGCAACAUUUAUCUCGGUGGGCGGGGAUAAAUUAACUUUAUCCGUCAGUGGUCCACCGAGCUUACCACCGAUAAUAACCAAUUCGAUCCUCAAACCCACAAAGAUACUAGAAAAAGAAUCAGUCGACGAAAACAGAAAUAGAAACGAUGAUAAAGAUCAUAAACGAUGUCCGACGCCGGUAACAGUAACUUUCUUCGGACAGAACGACGGAAAGUUGGAGAUUUGCAAAGUCGAGGACGAGAAAAUAAAUCUUAAUCCGUUUGCUGAUUACUUGAACGAUAGUAAUGCUAAUCCCUUCAGUUCUAUCAGCGUUUUCCACCCUAAUAAUCCAUUUUGCAAUUCUGAAAUGGAUCAUAAAGAGGAAAUUACGGAAAGUGAUUCUAAAGACUCGGAUGAAGAGAACAAAACUAGCCUAGAGGACGGAUCCGAUUCCAAACCCACCACCCCUCUGAGCCCUACAUUGAGCAAAGUUUCUCCCUGGCUUGUCUCAUCAGAUGUGGUAUCAGCUCCUGUCUCAAAAGUCGAUACAACCGAAACAACAAUAAUACGAAAAUCUGUGAUUACAACGCAGCUAUGAGAAGACGAGUACACUAUCUUUUUUUUUAUGGGAAGAGCCUUGUGUGUUUGUCUAUUCUAACGGAUUUUUUCUUAAAGCAAAUAGUUAUUUAUAGUUUUGGUAUGUCACUAUGUGAUAUACGACAAUGAAAUUAAAACACUCUUGAUAAGAAAAAUAUUGUUGAUGUACAAAAGUUUCAAUAACAUUCAAGGUUCUUCAAACUUCAACUCAAACUAAAAUUCUUGAACUACGCUAUCAUAUAAGUAUUGCAAUUGGUAUUGGUAGCUCCUAAUUUAGUUAUGGUGCUUAGUUCAUGAGUUUUACUUAAUUAAGUACUUAAGUUGCAUACAACGGCCAUGUACUUAUGGUUUUAAAUUUGUUUCCUAUAUUAUUAGUAAAUACAAACAACUGAAAAAUGUUUCACCUUAUGGCUACAGCGAUUUUAAACCUUUCAAAUCAUUCUUUCGCAUUUCUUCGCCGAGGAUUGCGAUCAUGUUUUCGAAAUUUCUCUGUAUUAGCAAGCUGGAGCAAUUCUCGUCAAUUCAUGUUUGUGAGUGACGGAUAUUUCUGUCAGUCAUAAAUUUGCUUUUAUUCCAAUACUACUUCAAAGUACCAGUCAUAUAUAUCUGUAUUCUCUACAGAAAUUAUAUACGUUUUUCUCAAAUAGAUAUAUUCUUCUGGAAUAAAGAUAUUAACACAAGAGUCUUUUAUAUACGAUGGUCCCCAAUAAACGCCGUACGCCACGUAUAAAUUAACGCCAUAUGUCACGUCUGUAUGCUUGUACUGUAACGAAAUAUUUUGCCUACCACAUAGGAUUUUAUUAUAAGGGGUUGAAAAUUGGUACAGAAACUAUUGGGCUAGAGAUGGGCAAGCAAAACAAAUCAAGAGUUAUGCGAACGGCUCUCAGGGUUUGUUUGGAGUAGCUGGGUCGUGAAUAAGUGAAAAACAAGGGGGUUGGAUUGGGGCAACUACAAAAUGAAACAAAAAAGGUACUUAAAUGAAUCUCCUGGACAAAUGGACAAACAAAAGAACAAGAAGGAUCUCUAGCUAUUUAAAAUGGGACGCCGCUUCAAGGAAACUUCCUGCUGGAUGAAGGAAAAAGGCUCUUCCUUCCUAAAAAAGAAACACAAACGGGGUUAUAAACUUUUCUAACAAAGGAAAUAAACAAAUUGGUUUAGAGGAACAAAUUAAAUAUUUAUUACUGUCUCAGCACAGUUACAAAUACAGAUAAUACAAAAACAAUUACUAUAUAAAUAGUUACAAAGAUUUAUACCAAAAUAACAAAGAGAAACACUUACUAGGUAUGUCCUAUCUGUUUACAAACUCUCUUAGAAGUUGAAGAUGCUACAAAACUCACAAAAAAUUGUUACUGGGCUAUAAACUGUGGCAGAAAUAAAUUAUUACAAAUAAAGAUGUAUCUUUUAAAUGAAACUAUUCAUAAAGGUUAACCUUUUUAAAAAAACAAAACAAACUAAUGUCAAAAAAUAAAACUAUC